UGCGCUUAGUGUCUUUCCUGCUGAUCAGCGGCUCAACUACAACUUCAAAACGAUGGCAGCUAACUUUUCGGUCUCGUCCAAGGCGAUGCUUUUGCUGGUACUUUGCUUCGCCAUCGUGUGCCAUACUGUGAAUGCGGGUGCACAGCAUGUUUGCCCCUAUCCUCAAGCUUGUACCAGCCCUGGCGCCCCUGACCCGCACCAUACCGUGACCGCGACCGCCCGCUACGACCCGACCACGGGCGAGUGCGUGACCAUCCCGUCGGUGACCGGGCCACACGACUGCCAGAAGUUCGCAAGCCUGGCUGCCUGCCAGGCGGCCUGCGUGGUGUCCGAAUAAGAACACGAAGUAGCCUCUCCAAAGGCCCACAGUCAGGAGGCGAUCCCAAUAAAGCAGUCGUUAAUCUGACCAUAAUGAUUCUCUGGGGGA